CGAGCUGUAGCCAUUGUUCCCACUUACGGAAAACUAUUGUCUUAAAUGCUGUUGUCGUCGUCGGUUACUGUGGCCAACGAUUAUCGGUAUCGAGGUGCGAGAAAACGAGGGAAAGGGCCGAUAUCCCUUUACCUAAAUAUGACAGUGAGCGACACAGAGUGAGCGAGCUCCACGCUGGCUGCUGGCAGGGGCUGCUGUGGAGUACCUCGGACUCGGCUGUCAUAGCCAUGUUUCUGUCACAAAGUCACACUCUAGUCACGCAGUCGGAACCAACCGGUUUACUACGGCCCACGACCAUCCACCACCAUGUUACUCUCGUCUGCUGCUCGUGCAGUCAAGUCUGCUCCUGCAUUCGGCCGUCGCGCAGCCUCUACCAUAUCCACUAAGUACGCCAGCGCUGCCUUUGGCGCUGCCCUGGCAAAAUCUUCCCAAACCCUCACCAAAGUCGAAGCCGACCUUGCCAACGUGUCCAAGCUCAUAAAAAACGACUCCACCGUCAGCGAAUUCGUUCAUAACCCUACUCUCUCGGCCAAGGAACGUGCGACGGACCUGGCCGCCAUUUUUGCGUCUUUGGAUACCGGCGCCAAGAAGGAUGCUACUUCCGAUAUCACUAAGAAUUUGUUAGCCGUUCUAUCGGAAAACGGGAGACUGGGAGAAUUGGAGGGAGUGAUUGAGAGCUUCAAUGCCUUGGUUGCAGAGCACAAGGGAGAGCUCACCGUCGUCGUCACUUCUGCUGCCCCCCUUCCGAGGGAUAUUUUGACGCGACUUGAAACGACAUUGAAGCAGUCUCAGACCGCCCAGAAGGCUCAGGUUCUCAAGGUCACCAACAAGGUUAAUCCUAAUGUGCUGGGCGGUAUUGUAGUUGACUUUGGUGACAAAACCAUUGAUUUGAGUGUCCAAUCCCGAGUCACCAAGCUUAAUAGCGUUCUUCAACAAUCAGUGUAAUUUGUCAUGUCGUACUGAUAGAAAUGCAUACAGUCGUAACGACUCACUUGUUGAGGGCGUGAUAUCCGCUAGUUCCGUAAGGAUAAUUAUU